AUGCUUAGCAAUAGCACAUUCUGGGGCGCGACAUGGAGCCUCUGGGGCCUGGGGUUCAUUACCACGGUUGGGCGGGCCAUUUUAAGAUUCCAAGUCCAAGAGACAUAUGUUGCGGAGGAUUAUCUUGCGUUUCUUUGCCUCGUCCUUCUUACCGCCGUGACGAUUCUGGGUACAAUUAUUGAGCCUAUUUUCGGGGACUUACUGCGCUACAUGCUUGCGGUCAAGGUACACCCAGAUCUUUCGCAGAUGGUGGACGCUGUUCAAUUGUCUGCCAGGAUAUCUGGCGGUCUGAAACUCUUAUUGAGCGAGACGUUGCUCUUUUGGACAACCUUAUGGGCAGACCGGAGCGCUUGUCCGAUCAAUGUUCAAAGAGUGGACAUCAAUCUCAAGGUCGCCAUUGCUUCGGAUAUCGGUUCGGAUUUACUGAUUAUGCUUCUCCCCCUUUCUCUUCUCAUGAAAGCUCGGAUAUCCACGAAGCAAAAGAUUGGCCUCGCGUGCAUGUUUUCCCUAGGCCUGAUCGUCAUCGCUUUUGCCUUCGUCCGCUUCCGGGAGAUCAAGAAAGUUUCAAGCCUGAACGAAACCGAUGAAAUCGUGCUUGUACAAGGGCCAGUGCGCCUCACCUUGUGGUCUCAGAUCGAGGCUGCUAUGUCCCUUCUCAUCACGAACAUCCCUGCGUUCCGCUCCUUAAUAGCACCGCCGGGGAGUACCCCCAUCCACCCCGCGAGAAAAUACUCCGGCAGGCCCUCAUAUCCAGAGAGGGGUGGCGGAGUUAGACUGGAUGGGGGAUUAGAAGAUGCUGCAAGCCAGAUGAGGGUUCCAAAGCGUCACCUGUGCCGCGCUUCGUUCGAGAUGGAUAGUCUGCAUUCAGAAUCGUCGGUGUAUGGAAGCCGGGUGGAGCUAGGGGAGGAACCGACAGAUGUACGACGCUUGACGCUGGGAAUAGUGAGAACGACGGAGGUCGAUGUUGAUUCGCACUUCAGGGGUAAUGAGCUAUUUGUGUCCCACCCUUUCGUGCCGCCUACGUGA